AUGGGAUCCGAGCAAAAUGAGUCGCUUGAUCAAGUUAUUGUGGAUUGCGGGGAUAUUCCAGAUUAUUGCCAGUUUCGCUUUAUGGAAUUGGCAUACAAGUUGAAUAAGGAAGAGCACUACGGAAAACCUAUGUGGUGGAUUGGGAUGUAUAUCGCAUUAGCAUCUCUGUUUUGCAUCAUUGUAAUGGUGGCUGAUUUAUUACAUGGUUUGCGUAACAGAAAGUUCUGGUUUCCAUGUAAGUAUUUCACUUUGAAUGCUGCUUCUCUUACUGUGAUAGGUGUCGCAAUAAAGCUACCCAAUGGUCUGACCGAUCUAACACCAAGUCAUGUGGACCGCAUUGCAAAGCUUGGAGGGUUGAGCUUCAUGUGUACUAUUAUGGCGAAUCUAUUGCCUUCUCUAGCAACCAUGGAAAGCAACGAACUUGUCUCAAACAUGAUAGGUUUAGGUAUUCUGGUGAUCACCUUGGCUGUGAACGUUUGCAUUCAAAUAAGCACGGGAGUUGUCUCCUACAACACGUCUGAGGAGCCGUUUGAGACUCAAAUAGGAUCUACACCGCUAGGCAUAUUACUAACAGGCCCAAAGUUGAUAGCAACGAUUUAUGCAGCUAUGUUACUCCUGUUGCUCAUGAUAUAUGCAUGCUCAUGUUUAGCAAUUCUCAAGACCAAACAGAUUCUAGAAUCCAAAUACCAAGCGGCUCAUCAAAAAGCUUCAAAGGAUCUACAGCAAGCACUCAACGGAGGAAGAUUAACUGUUGAAAAGUUACAGCAUCAUGUGAGAAACUACUGGAUCAUGGCAGGAACCGGAAGCCCUCAAUUCAUGACGGUUUGCUCUGCUACAACUUCUGCUUCUGGGGUAAUAUGUCUUAUAAGCACUGCAUUGCACGUUUAUAUUAUCAUACCAAAACAGGAUAAAGAUAUGAUGGAAUAUGAUACGGAUUAUAAGUGGUCAAUGUUAGUGAUUCUCAUAAUACAGUUUAUCGGAGUCAUAUUGGGAGCACUUGCCCCUAUUUCUAGAUGUUUUGCAGCCUUAAGCUUUAAGUUGUCCCCACAGUGGAUUAGGAACCAUAUCAAGGUCUUUAAAGUGGAGAGCUACUGGACUCAGAAGUUAUCAGAUUGGGAAAAGAGAAGGGUACCAAAUAUCCCAUUCAGAAGCCCCGGCCUCAGAGGGAAGAUUGUCAUUGAGAAAUUAAAAAUCCUAUUUCUCAGCAUUUGCAUAAAAUUUCAGGAGACAUUCGUGGUAGCUUGCAAGAUGAUAGGGGUUAUUCCACUUCUCUUUUUGAUAUGUGUCUCCUACUGUUGGAAGUGGUUAAAGGCCAUGUUUAGCUCACUUCUCUCUUUGAAAUGUGUCUCCUAUUGCUGGAAGCGGUUGAAGGCCAUGUUUAGCUCCCCAGACAGCUGUGUGUCGGAACGAAAUCCAGAGAAUCAAGGAAAAGAUGACAGCAGGUAUGUUUUGCAGCUUGAAGACGACACGGAGUUUGCAGAGAGAACAUUGAAAGGCAUAUCAAAAUCGGGAUCCAACGGUUUUAAAGGAGUUGAAGAGUUUGACAGCCCUCUUGUUCCAUCUUUAGGUUCAAAAGAAUAUCUCAAUUGUUGGAGCUUACCGUUGGUAACACUGACAGCUAUCGCCAUUUCUUUGAAAGAUAAAGGUGAAAUUGCCAUUUCUUUGAAAGAUGAAGGUGAAAUUGAUGAGUUGUUGAGUGGUGUGGAUGAAGGUCUUGUUUAUGUCGCACAUGUGGAAGAAAGCCUCAAUGUCACCGAUGAGGAUAAAUGCAUUCAAAAGGUCGCUAAAACUUUGUGUGUAGAAGUUGAAGUCCGCCGGAAAUGGUUAGGAAACAAGCUGCCAAAACCUGGGUAUACAGCUGGACAGAUUCUUAAAAGCUUGAGGGACAUAUCUAGAAACAUGGUCAAUAAUCAGUUGGAAAAUGAUGACUCCAAAUACAGGUCUAUUGCUGCCAAUUCAAUGUAUCGGAUCACCGAAACACUCAUUCUCUCCAAUCAAAGGAACAUUGACCAGGUUAGUCAAGAUGAAAUAUUUAAGCAAUUAUCAUCAAUGAUCGCUGACAUAUUGGCUGCGUGUCUCACCAACUUACCCCGAGCCAUAGCAAUGAAAUGCCAUGCAAGGGAGAUAGAGAAAAGGGAGGCGAGUGUCCAUGCAGCAGCUCAACUUCUCGGUGAGACUACAAAUAUAAUCAACACCCUUCAACAUCGUGAACUUCCAAACUUGACUGAAGACAAGUUGGCGUUUAUCGACAAGUGGCGUGAUUACUUGAUGCAUCCUUAA